AUGUCUGAGCACGGCUAUCCCGGCGGAGGCGGGUACGGCCCUGGUGGAGGCGGGUAUGGCCCUGGUGGAGGCGGGUACGGCCCUGUUGGAGGCGGAGGCGGGUACGGCCCAGGUGGAGGCUGGUACGGCCCUAGUGGAGGUGGGUACGGCCCCGGUGGAGGCUGGUACGGCCCCGGCGGAGGUGGGUACGGCCCCAGCGGAGGCGGGUACGGCCCCGGCGCAGGCGGCUAUGGACCUGGCCAUGGCGGCCAGCCUGGAGGAAAUCUGGUAUAUCCGCCAGGAAAUGCCAACGGCGGAGCAGGUUCAGCAUGCGGGAAUAUCUUUGGUGGAUCAAGUGGAUCGGGUGGAGAGGGCGGACGUGUAGAUGGAGCAGGGGGCGGAAAUGCCAACGGCGGAGCAGGUUCAGCACGCUGGAGUGUCUUUGCUGGAUCAAGUGGAUCGGGCGGAAAGGGCGGACAUGUAAAUGCAGGAGGCUACACCGGGCGUUGA